AUGGCGACAAAACGGAAGGCCUCGGCUCUAAAUGCCGCCGUUGACGAUGAACCGGUCGACCCCUCUGAUGAGGUAGCGUUUUACUGCCUAGGCGGAGGAAAUGAAGUCGGUCGCUCGUGUCACAUCAUUCAGUAUAAAGGGAAAACGGUCAUGCUCGAUGCCGGUAUGCACCCUGCGAAAGAAGGCUUCUCGGCUCUCCCCUUCUUUGACGAGUUCGAUUUGAGUACGGUCGAUAUUCUCCUGAUCAGUCACUUCCACGUCGACCACUCCUCCGCCCUCCCCUAUGUUCUCAGCAAGACCAACUUCAAAGGCCGUGUGUUCAUGACACAUGCGACGAAAGCCAUCUACAAAUGGCUUAUCCAGGACAAUGUACGAGUCAGCAAUACAGCUUCGUCCUCAGAUCAGCGCACCACCCUCUACACAGAACAUGACCAUCUCUCUACGCUCCCACUCAUCGAAACUAUCGAUUUCAACACCACCCACACGAUCAACAGCAUCCGCAUUACUCCCUUCCCCGCCGGCCAUGUCCUCGGUGCUGCCAUGUUCCUGGUUUCCAUCGCUGGUCUGAACAUUCUGUUCACCGGUGACUACUCUCGAGAGGAAGACCGACAUCUUAUCCCCGCCGAGGUUCCCAAAGGUAUCAAGAUUGACGUGUUGAUCACCGAGUCGACGUUCGGAAUUUCUUCCAACCCGCCCCGUUUGGAGCGCGAGGCCGCCUUGAUGAAGUCGAUCACCGGCGUGUUGAACCGCGGCGGCCGAGUUCUCAUGCCGGUGUUUGCGCUUGGUCGUGCGCAAGAGCUGCUGCUCAUUCUGGACGAAUACUGGGAGAAACACCCGGAGCUCCAGAAAAUGCCCAUUUACUACAUUGGUAACACCGCGCGACGAUGCAUGGUCGUUUACCAGACAUACAUCGGUGCCAUGAACGAUAACAUCAAGCGACUGUUCCGGCAACGUAUGGCUGAGGCGGAAGCCAGCGGCGAUAAAAGUGUCAGCGCAGGGCCCUGGGACUUUAGAUUUGUACGAAGUUUGCGAAGUCUGGAGCGCUUCGAUGAUGUAGGCGGGUGCGUCAUGCUCGCGUCGCCGGGUAUGCUUCAAACGGGAACCAGUAGAGAACUGCUGGAACGUUGGGCCCCUAAUGAACGCAACGGCGUGGUCAUGACGGGUUACAGCGUCGAGGGUACUAUGGCCAAGCAGCUAUUGAACGAACCCGAACAGAUUCCCGCGGUCAUGUCGCGAGCGGCGGCCGGCAUAGCGAGGCGGAACAUGACGGGUAACGAAGAAGAUCAGAAAGUGAUGAUUCCACGAAGAUGUACCGUAGACGAAGUCAGCUUUGCUGCUCAUGUGGACGGUGUCGAGAACCGCAACUUCAUUGAGGAAGUCGCCGCGCCUGUGGUGAUUCUGGUCCAUGGCGAAAAGCACCAAAUGAUGCGACUGAAAUCUAAGCUGCUCAGUCUCAACGCAGACAAGACAGUGAAGGUAAAAGUCUACACACCCGCCAACUGCGACGAAGUCCGCAUCCCGUUCAAAAAGGACAAAAUCGCAAAGGUUGUGGGCAAGCUAGCCCAAAUCGCUCCCCCAUCGGAAGAGGACGACAGCAGCCUGAUGGCCGGCGUGCUGGUCCAGAACGGCUUUGACCUGUCAUUGAUGGCACCGGACGACCUCCGCGAAUAUGCCGGUCUCACGACCACGACCAUCACAUGCAAGCAGCACAUCACUCUGAGCUCUGCCAGCAUGGAUCUCAUCAAAUGGGCACUGGAAGGCACUUUUGGCGCCAUUGAGGAGAUCGGCCAGAAGACCAACACCAAGGAAGAGAACGUGGACGGCAAGCUCGAGGAGAUCGAUGAAAUGAAGGAUGAGCCUGCCGAUGAAGAAAUCCCGAUCGAGGACACUCAAACCUACCUUGUCAUGGGCUGUGUUAUCAUCCGAUACCACCCUCGGACGCGGGAAGUGGAGCUCGAGUGGGAAGGUAACAUGAUGAACGACGGAGUUGCUGAUGCUGUCAUGGCGGUGCUUCUCACAGUUGAGAGCAGUCCUGCCUCUGUCAAGCAAUCUGCCAAGCAACAUCAUCACUAUCACCAUCACCAUGACGAACUAGACCUCCCCAACCCCCAUUCUCAGGUCGACGCUGAAGAGCGAUUCACGCGUCUUCUCAUGAUGCUGGAAGCGCAAUUCGGAUCCGACAUCUCUCCCAUCGAGCGUCCGCGUCUCCCAAAGCAGCCCGCCAACGGCGCUGGCAAUAACGAAACAUCCACACCCACAGGGAAACCCGACCCUGACUCUGCCGAACAAUCGCCCAAACGCGAACCCGAAGACGACACCAGCGUCGCGAAAACCGAACUGGCCGAACUAGCUCGUCUGCAGGCCCUCGGGAUCCCCGUCCCGGGUAUUGAGAUCAAGGUCGAUAAGCACGUCGCGCGGGUGUGGCUGGAAGAUCUGGAGGUCGAGUGUGCGAAUGCCGUGAUGAGAGACCGGGUGCGCGUGGUGAUCGAGCGAGCCGUAGAAACGGUUGCGAAUAUGUGGACCGAAACGACCCCUGCGUCUGUCACGAAUGGAAAUGGCGACGCGAAGGUGUUUGUUCAAGAGGCGCCGGUUGCUUCCAAGGGCGCCGAGAUUGAGGCCAAGGCAUGA